UAAGAUGCGCGCGAAUUAGUACUGGGACUUAAGACGGCGUGAACGGGACGAAACUGUUGUUGUACGUGCGAAACGAUUUUAGAUCCUGCGAUCGGUAGUGAUAUCUGGAAAGUUUUCUCCCGCGGAAAUAAAAGGACCGAACGAUGAAGCUCGAGCCGGUGAUAGCGUUCCUGGUGUUGUGUGUCGGAUUCUCCAGUGCAAAGUUAGCUCCCAUACUGACGGCCUGUUCGCACAACGAUCCGGAGUUCGAGAAAUGUGUCUUCCGGGUGGUGGAGAAAAUUCGACCGGCCAUCAAUUCCGGCAACUUUGGCGAGGGUCAACCGAAAUCGCCAUCGCUGGAACCGAUCUGGAUCGACCGGAUGGUCAUCGAUCGCGGAUCCGGCUUCAAGUGCAAGCUAACUAAUGUAACGAUCCGAGGAGCCGGAGAUUUCGUUAUGCGCCGUGUGAAGGUUAAUACACAAGAGCGGACGAUCGAAGUAGGCGUUAAAUUACCAAACAUGGUCGCUAAGGGACAAUACACUUUGAACAUGCAGUUGUUGGUGCUGAGAAUAACUGGAAAGGGAGAUUUCGACCUGAUUAUGAAUAACACCCUAUGUAACAUGCGGUUGAAGUACGACGUGAGACCCGGUUCCGGUGAUGAUGAUCCGCUGGCCGGAACAAUUCAGUUCAGACCAAUCGAUGUGAAGCUGCGCUUCGACAAGGGACGUUUCCAACUGCAAAAUCUGUUCGGAGGCGAUCCAGCUUUGGGUGAAGUUGGCAACCAAGCCAUCAAUCAGGAUCCACAUGUGCUGUUGGAUGAAGUGAAGCCGGCCUUCGAGCAGAGUUUGUCCAAACUGUUCACGGACAUGGCAAAUGCCGCAUCAGCUGGUGCUACUGAAAAGGAUAUUUUGCCUGAUUAAGGCUUUUGGGAGGAGGCUAAUAUAUCGUUAACUAAUUGUGAUAAUAUGCGUAUGGUUGAACUUAGGAGUACAAGUUUUUGUAAUUAGAAUCCACCAUGUAAUGGAAUAUUAAAAAUCGUGAUGUAUAUAGUGCCACAGAAAUUAACAAGUUGUAAAUUUUAAUAAUUUGUGUCAUAGUUGCUAUAGGUUCAAUUGCAAAUAAUAAAUAAGGGUAAUUGUAAA